GAACGUGUCUUGGGCGGGACAAUAUCUGGGAAGUUAUUGUUUUUGUUUCUGUUCAUCAUUCACCAGUGUGUUGUUUGUAUAAGCAACUAAACGUGUCAGACUGAUUACGUAUAAAGUAAUAAUCACGAGAGCCUAUCGAAACACUUCGGUACGGAGAGUCCAACUGACGACGUACGGCUUGGCCUUCCCUUGAGAGACCGCGACUUUUACUACUCUGAGUUGGAAGUACUUGGAAGUUUCAUGGCACCGUUAAGAAAGCCCAAGUUACCAAAACCACUUCCAAAUGGCUUCAUUCUCACAGACACCGAGAAAAAGCAAUGGAGGCUAGGAAAAAUCAUCGGCCAAGGCGGCUUUGGACUGAUCUAUCUUGCCUCACAGGACUUGAGCAAACCUGUUGAACCUGACACUAACUUUGUCAUAAAACUGGAGUACCACGAGAAUGGCCCCCUCUUCUCAGAGCUCAAGUUCUACCAGAGGGCAGCCAAACCAGAGAGCAUGCAAAAAUGGAAGAGACGCAGGAGAAUGGACUUCCUGGGCAUCCCAACCUACUGGGGAUCAGGACUUGCUGAAUGCAAUGAUCUCAGGUAUCGUUUUAUGGUUUUGGACCGACUGGGUAGUGACCUUCAGAAAGUGUUUGACUCUAAUGAAGGUCGAUUAAAAAAGACCACCGUGCUCCAUCUUGGCCAAGUACUGCUGGAUGUUCUGGAGUAUAUUCAUGAACAUGGGUAUGUCCAUGCAGAUAUCAAGGCUGCCAACCUCUUACUGGGUUAUACAGACAAUAAAAAGAUCUACCUAGCAGACUAUGGGCUUUCCUACAGAUACUCUCCAGAUGGAGUGCACAAAGAAUACAAAGAAAACCCAAAGAAGGCCCAUAAUGGAACAAUUGAAUACACCAGCAUUGAUGCCCACAAAGGAGUUGACCCAUCUCGACGAGGUGACCUUCAAAUACUGGGGUUUUGUCUUCUUCACUGGUUGUGUGGGUCUCUACCUUGGGACACUUCAUUAGAAGAUCCAUCACAAGUCCAGGAAGUCAAAGGCAGACUGAUGGAAAAUCUUCCAGACUCAGUUCAGCAACUGCCGGGGAUUGGGGACAGUGCAGAUGAAUUGGCUGAUUUACUCACUUACGUGAGAACUCUGGAUUACCAGGAUAAGCCUGACUACCAGUAUCUUAAAGACAUAUUAGCCAACGGUGUAAAAGAAAGACAGGAAAGACUGGAGUUUUCCAUCCCUGUAGGAGAGUCUGCAACUGGGGUGGCAGAUCACCACAACAAAGAAAAGCUGAAAGUAGAUCGAGCCAGAGGAUCCUUCAAAGCUACACCAAAAGCAGAUGAAACUGUGCAGGAAGAAAUUAAGUUCAAACAAGGGCUAGCUGGAACACAGCUCAUGAAAGUUCCAUCACAUCAGAAAGAAAAUGGGAUUUUACUUUCUGUCAGAAGAUCACAAAGGCUAACAUCUGUAAAGAACUACAAAGAAAAUGAUAAUGGGGGUGCCAUUGAUCAGCAGAAGCAAGAGGUGGCCAAACCCAGGCCCAUCCCUGCAUGCUAUAUCAGAGGCCCUCCAAUAGGCCCCAGAGCUCAAUCUAAACAGAAAACUAAAUCCAAAAAGACCACCAGGAGAACUGAUGGCCAGCCGAUAACCUGCACCGAAGAAAGGAUUCACCCACAAAGAAGAAAACACGCUUUCACUAACUGUGACACUAGAACUCAAGCACAUACAGGCUACAGGGAAGGACGGGUAGAGAGGCUUCCCUGCUACAGAGUCGACUGUAGUCAUCAGCAGCGGUCUGAUUCCAAAGUGCAGGAAGCUGGUCCCACACAAUGGACAGGCUUGUGGUACAGUUGUUUGCUUAUAGGUGCCCUUCUUUUCUUGGGUGCUGUUCUUGCAUUCAAACUAUUUUUAAAGAACACAACUAACUCCUGAGCUCGUUGUACAGUUAGUAUUGUUUGCAGGCGGGUUUCCACAGUGGAGCUGGACUUGCGUGGAACACAGACUCACUAGUCAGGGCUUCUACAUCACCAUCUUCACUGUGAUGGGCUGCAACAGAAUGAAGAUUGCAUUGUAAAUGUUGAGCUUAAGGCAUUAAAAAAAAUCUCAUUUUAAGAAAAUAAA